GGAAGGAAGCAGACGAAAAUGCGGUUCUAUGUCACCUUUGUUUUGAAAGUUGUCUUCGAUAGUGACACCAUUCCGUAAUAAAUGGCAGACAGGCAUUUCUUGGUCAAUAGGAAUGACAGGAUAAGGGCACAACUAAGCCAGGAAUUAAUAUGUGUAUGGUCCAAAAAAGAGCUAGUUGUCAAUCCUAGUGCUAAUCUGGUGGCUACAGGAAUGAUUGGGUAACCUUCCCUUUGACAUGCUUGAAGUGUAGUUGACAGAAUGAAAUGAACACGAUGGCAUUCAGAAGAAGAUGUAUAAAGUUAAGCAUCAAACAGCGCUUGAUACUCAUUGGCACUGUGUUCGUGUUUGUUGUGUAUGUGUUGUUCAGCAUUUCUCAGAAAGAGGAUAAGAGCAAGACUAAGUUAGCUAUGCAAGAAGACGAUAUGUCAGACACAUUUCCACAUUAUCCUGACCGGCAAGCUAACAUGCUGGAUCGGGAAAUCGGUCUUCUGGACCCAUACCUGAACGAAGACAUGAGCGAACAGGAGGCAGGAAAUAAUAUGUUCAACCAGAAAAGACAUCACAUCGGCCACUCCUUACUGUCUGAAUCUGCCCUAGUUCAAAUCAAAAGCACUUUGCUUAAGAUGUCUCCGCAUAUGUCAUCACUGAUUCCGGACAUUGAGGAUUUUAUUGUUGACACAUCCGAAAUGCUGCAUGGCUUGGAUGUGAAAAGUCCACUUUCUUGUAGAGACAUAGAUAGCAUACAGGUAGAUCAAGAGAUAGAUACAUCCAGUAAGAAGCUUGUUUACAAAGGACUGCAUCACGAGGUAGAAGUCGCUAUGAAGGUGCCAUGGCGAGACCUCACAACAAAAGCCCGCUGCCUGCAGGAGUUCCACAAUAAUUUUGAUCGGUGCACCGCGGAGAUGAACUUCCAGGUGGUGCGGGAAAUACUCCUGCACAGUGUAUUGCACCACGCGAACAUCGCGAAGUUGCUAGGAUACUGUAUCCGUGGAGACGCAGUGAUGAAUUACAUCGGUGGUAACGGUGUUAUUAUGGUCACAGAAAUGGGAAUGCCCUGUCAUGCGGAGUUCCUCUCCAGAAUGAAGGUCAAGCAAAAAUUACAGAUUAUUCAGUCACUCGCUAACCUCCUCAUCUACCUAGAGUCAUCCCCCUUAGGAAACUUGAGAUUGACUAAGGUGACCUCCAAGGACUUUGUCUGUGUGAAGGACACUGUUAAGCUGGUUGACCUGGAUGAGCUUAGACUGGGGGAAUUGAAGUGUUCUGACAAGAAAGAUUGUUUCUAUGCUGGUUUUGAUAUUGGUAUUCCUUGCGGAUCUGGACAGUGUACAGGAUUCAACGCUAGAUCCAACGUGAAGAAGAUCUAUGAUGUGAUCAUAGGACCACUGUUACGGAGCCUUCCCCGAGAGUUGUCGAAGGAUGUGUCCAAGCUGAUACAGGAUUGUAAAGCCGUGAGAGUGACACCUGAGGGAUUACUCACCACCGUCAAGCGAAUGGCCAACAUCAGGGUUAAAAAUGUAGAAUAUUUGGAUGUCGGAGAUGGAAACAAUGAGAACAGAAGAGAUGAACAAGGGGAGCGACCUGGCCACCACCCAAUGCAGGAGGGAGACGAAGGUGAGAUGCAUGCGAGACCGCGUUACAGACGUGUGGACAUGUCAAACUUCCCGAACAUGUUUGACUUCCUGUGUACGAAGUCUCGUGUCACCUGGGGGUGUGUCUAUGAUGCUGUGGGGCUGGAUGAUGCUAAGAGAAAGUGUGAUGCUUUACCUCAGUGCAAGUCCUUUGUUGCCUUCUCAAAGUUCCCAGAAGUCAACAGGCUGUUUACAAUUGUGCUCAAGAGUGGCGUGCAUUCAGAACCAGUGGUUCAGGAUGGUGUGACACUGUUCAUCAAAGAGACCUCAUCGCCAGGUGAUGGACAGAAGCUCAGUGAAAAUGACAUAAUGCACAUAAGGAAGGGGCCUAUUCCAGAGGAUGUUGUGGAGGAGGAGGAGGUGGCGGUGAAAGAACAGAUGCAGGCGGAGCACAAACAGUGUAGCCAGGCAUUGUUCAGAGAGCAGAAAAAGUCACGGCGGUCAGCUGAGAAACGACUGAUGACUCAUUUGGGAAUGAAAGGUGUGGAUGAGAAGACCUGGCUGAGCGAGGUGAAAGGUAGUGAGAUAUCUGGCUCCUACCCACUACUGGAUACGGACAGUCAGUUCAUGGUGACCUUUGACACUGACCGGGUGGACGGAGUGGACAGUGCCAUGGUCAUGACACAGACUGGACCCGACCAGCACUAUCUUGCUCAGGCCCUCGCUUUCUACAUUGACAGACUUCUAGGGCUUUACCACGUACCUCCCACCACCCUGGUUCAGCUUCCCACAAGGUCUCUGACCACAGCCUGGGUAGAACCCUGGUUCAAACCAUACAAGGCACACAUUAGUAAUGGAUAUCUGUCAGCUCUAAUGACUGUCCCCAAGCCAAAGACCAUCACCCCACAGGAGGUCAUUCUGCCUCGCCCCGAGAGCUACGUGCGACAAAUCACCUCUCUCAGCAAGAAACAGCGUAUACAGCUAGAGUACUUCAUAGUGAUGUGGCUCACACGCAUGCCCCACCCUAAGCUAGGGCAUGUCGGUUAUAAGGGUCACCUGGUUCACUUUGAGACCAGCCAGGGUUUCCUAAACCUAUCCAUGAGCUGGAUCCUCAACUACUUUUACAACUGUCAAUUCCCACGCUCUGUCGCUCAACUCCUAGGAUGCUUCAGGUGUGUUGAGGGCACCCGCAAGGUCAACCGCAUCUGUACCUUCGGACAAGAGGUAUUAGGCCUUUUGUGGCCCGGUGACUUGUCUUCUGUAAAAGCCAAGGUUGCGAACAAGACGGCACAGGAACUGGAAACCAUCAUAAACAAUUCUGCCUCGCGUCUUCUGGCCAUCAUGGACAAGUGCGCCCGGCUCUUCUCCAAGGAUGAAGUGCUCUAUUAGACAUCUAGACCUGUCUUAUUCUCGUUAAACACCCCUGUAUUGCUGACAAGAAGCAGGUGUGUUUUACAGUGAUAAAUAACAUCAAACCCUCAAGGAAUAUAUUCUUUCAGCAAAAAGUGAAGAAAAAUUAUACAUACAUGAAGGGAACACUCCCAAAUAGAGCCAUUUUAUUGAAAACUUCUCUAGUAGCUGAUAAAAGGACUACUGUGAAAAGCUUCUGCAUCUGUUGCAGCUGGAGGUUUGACAACAAAGCCUUUAAAAAUAUCGCUGAUAGGGACGCCACAGGAUGUGGCUGGAAUUUGAGGCUACCUGCGUGACUGAGGUAUUGUUAUUUUCUGGGCAGUCUGUGUGUGUGUGUGUGUUAUACAUCUCUGCUUUAAGACUUCAAGGUGUGAAGCCUUCUGAAGAUUUUUAAAAAUAUUUUUAUACUGGAGUUGAUCAGUCUCCUUGAGUUUUAAUCACCAAAGAUAUCUAUUUAUAUGAAUUAUUAGGAAUGCUUUUGGGUUGGUGAAGUUACAAGAAGAAACCAGGCGUACAAUAUGCGUUAUGACUACAUCUGCUUUGCCAAAUACAGUGUUGUUGUGGAUUAUAUUUUAGGUGCGGUGAUACUUGUCACUUGGGCACUAUGAACUGUUAUCUGCUGCUUGUUUUUGAUAAUCACAAUUCGGUGUUUAUUUUUACCCGUGUAGAGAAAUGUUGCAUUGUUCGCAUGCACGUGCAAUUUUCAGCUCAUUUUUGAAUCCGUAACAUUUAAGGAGUUUCAAUGGUAUUUGUUCUCAUAAGUCACUACAAAAUGGUCUGGCCUAGCUUUAUGGUGCGUUGACUGUAGGCCUUGCUUUAUUGGUUGUUACGUUACCAUGUGUAAAUGUUAGUCAGUUUUUUUGAGUUACUAUUGACACUUUUAAACGUUUCUCCCUGUUAGCACGCUCUGAGUACACCAUAUGUCUGCACACAUUGUAAACUAUGCAAUAUUCUUGUAGCUCUCUACAGUAGAGGAGUUU